UUCAACAGACCUCACAGAAGGUAGUACAGUAGCUGACUUACUUUCUCUGAUCAUAGACAAUCGAUUUAGACGCUUCAGAUAGAUAGAUAGAUAGAUAGAUAGAUAGAUAGAUAGAUAGAUUGGGUUAAUUGCUGAUAGCAAGGCAAAAAUGAAUUCAUACUCAGGUAUUGAGGACAGCAGCCCUGAGAAGAUGGAAAAAAUGUUUGCUGCCAACGAUAUUCCAGUGAUUGCAAGAUUAUUUAAAGAGGCAUGUGCAGAUAGUGGCAGAGGUUUAGACAAGCAGGAAUUUUGUGAAGUAAUGAAGAAAAUUUACAGCUCAGUGAGUGAAGAGGAACUGGCUGCGCUUUACAUGCAGAUUGACACUCACUGUAAGGGAACUGUGAACCUGGACGAGUUGGUGUCCUUCCUGCUGAGUAAGAUCGAGGCAUAUGAGGCUUUGGACUAUAUGCAUCAUUCCUUUCCAAAACCUUUCCAAAGGGUACCCAUGGAUUGUCAGUCUUCAAUUGUUGGUUUGGUAUUUCAGCCCUUGAAGGAUGAUAUGAAAUACUACUACAGUGCUGACUUCCGAUGUGUAGUCAGGCCAUACAAGAAAGGCCAAUACCUCUCAAUGACCUCAAAUGGCACCCUCAGCAUCUGGAAUGACACAUUUGAGAAUUCACGCAAACUAUCAUUGUGGACAAGGGAGAAUGCGCUCCCUUUUUCACACAUCAAGAAAAUGUGUGUUCGUAGCAUGGAGUACAUCAGAGAACUAAAACAGCUGGUUGUCGCCAAUACCACUCAGGAGCUGAUAUUCUAUGACUGCCGUUUGCUCCCUGUACAUAUUGAGGUAAAAUACGCUUUAGUAGUAGACGAGGACCAAAUGACUACUAUGAACUACUGGUCCAAUGGCACUAAAGCAGUAUUUUCCUAUGGUGAUGUAGCAGGAUUUCUGACUUUCUUCAUCUCCCACGAUGUAAAGAAACAUGGCCUCUUCUGCCAUAAGGCAUUCGAGAAAAUCUCUCUGCAGAAGUAUCCAACAGUUUAUGUUUCAACCCUGAUAAGACAUGACUCAAGGAACUUCCAGUGCAUGAAAGUCCACGCUUUUAAUGAUGUUUGUAGUCAGAUCAGAUACUUUCCAUCACUUCACUCAAUUGCCAUCUGUGGUAAUUCAUUCAAGACAAUGGUCGUCCUUGGUCUACCCAAGCCAACUGAAACCGAUGUUUCUAAAGAAUUCUUCAAUAGCGAGGGAAUUUUUGAUUUUUUCACCUGUGUUGAAUAUGCCCCUGCAGUUGAGCAACUGGUGACUGGUGGUACAGAUGGCUCAUUGCGAGUGUGGUUUCCCAGCAACCCGUCAUGCAUAGAAACGUUGAAAGGACAUGACAAACCCAUUACCAACCUCAUGUACAAUACUAAAGACCAAAUACUUAUCAGUUUGUCUGAGGACAAAAAUGUACGUGUCUGGUCCGAGGUUGGCUGGCUCUGUAGGCAAAGCAUCCAGGUUGAAAACAUUGGACAGGCCCCAAUCACUAGUAUAUGUUAUAACAUACACAACAAUGAGUUAGUCCUAGCUAACUCAGAUAUCACAAAAUGCUUGGGAGAAGGAACAGAUGUUUUUCGAGAAUCGUUAACAUCCCAUGAAAAGCCUCUGUGCUGUGCUCUUUAUCACAGCUUUUUCAAACGGGUCAUCUCUUGUUGCCAAAAAGGUGAGGUGACGGUGUGGGAUAUUUUAACCGGAAAUGCUGUCAUGCAGUUCCAAGUCACUCCAAGCAAAACUAACAGGCACACAUUCAUGUCAUUUGAUGGACAGCAGCAAAGCCUCAUCACAGUUUGCCAGGAUGGGAAACUGAGGCGGUGGAACUUCAGCAAUGGAAAAGAGCUGGCCGUUCACCCUGUUACCGUGCAAAAGUAUGUAACAGCUAUUGUCUGCAUAGAAAACAGGAUGUUUGUGUCUGGAAGGGACUCCAAGGUCAUUUUUGACCUGGAUAUUGAAGGAUAUGACAAUGGACUUUUGAAACAUGCUUACCUAAAGGACAUUACCUCAAUGGAUGCGCAUGGAGAUAGGCUGAUUACUGCCUCCAGCAAUGGAAAUAUCAUUAUCUGGGAUCACAAAAAUGGCGAUGUUCUCUGCUGGAUUGAUGCCAGCACAAGCCCUCGAACACGAAUGGCAGGUGAAAGCGCUCAAGGCCUCAGAGAGAUUCUACCUGUCCAGAACAAUACAAGUAAAUCUAAGGGCACUGGGAGAGAGUCAACAAACUCUACAGCUCCGACUGAGAUUCAGAUGUAUACCAGCCCUCUUAUUGUAUGUCUCAAGACCAGGGAUGCCAAAGCUGACACAGCCACACUGCUGACCUCUGCUGAUGGCUACAUCUAUGCCUGGUCUGUUAUUUGCACAGGUGGUUUGUUAGGAAAGUUCAGGGCAGUGAAGGAUGAUGUAGCAGUCAUUACAACCAUGUCAACUGAUGUCAACGAAGAGAUACUAUUGACUGGGGAUAGUACUGGAAGGAUCUGUCGGUGGGACAUUCGGAGAUUUGGGUUUAAAAGACAGGCAAACAAUGGACCUUUUGAGAAAAGAAAUGGGUGGCUUGUGUCAUUGUGUCCCCCUCCCCUGUUGGAGUCCUGGCAAGCUCACCCCACAGCAGUGGUGAGUGUUGAAUGCGACCCUGCUUGUACCAAUAUAAUAACAGCAGGGUUGGACUGCAACGUAUGUCAAUGGACAAAUAAAGGCAUCUGCAUAGGUGUCUUUGGGAAAGAUAGAUGGGACACUACGCAACUCCACCCUAAGGAAGAUCCGGACGAGGGGCAGACAGAAAACUCAGACACAGAUGAAUUGUUUUCUGUCAAAAGGAUAGCUGCUUCACCAGUACCGGACUAUGAUAAAUUUAUUAACAGAAUUUGGCCUAAGAAAGGUAGUAAGGCUGAGUUACUUGCCAAAUGUAGAAAAGCAGCAACAAUUCGGCCAGAACUUGACAAAGACAUUGACAGGAGCAAGACUAAAUUUGUUCCACAUCCACCAAAGACAUCUCGCAGAAGACGGGAGACUCACCUGGAACAAAGCUCUGCUCAGGCAGCAUCUCCAGACAGAAGUAAAUAUAGACGUGCACAGAAGAGAGCCAUGUUAGAAGUCAACGUCCUGAUACCGUGUCCACCGGAAAGCCUGCCGGACAAGCAAGGGUCUCAUCGAGUACCACGGCAUUUAUACAUGCCAUACACACAACAUUCGACCCACUUAAAGCCACAUCCCUCUCAAAGCCGACCCACCACAGACCACGAUCAUGCUGCGAAGGGAUCACCUGACAUGCAGCACAGGUCUGAUCACAAAUCGAAGAAUUUACGCUUACCACCCAUCGUUGAUAAGUCUAAGCUCAUACACCAUCAGACCUAAUUUAAGCUACAUCCACCUGAGACACCGCCCAGCACAGGCCACACAAAAAGACUACAGCAAUAUUCUGGCAGGCACGUCCAACAACCACGACCAUUAAUUCCAGUCACUGGCAUUGGCAGCAACCUUACCAUUAUAUGAACCAAACAAGGUCCAAAUUUGGAAGGGGUUUUGUAGGGGUUUACUCCAGGUGCUCUGGUUCCCCCACAAUUCGUGAUGAUUUAAAAAAAAGAUGCUAAGUCAAAUCCACCUCAGACUCACUUUACCAAAGAUCAAAUUCAUGCUGCGAAGAGACCACCUGACAUGCAACACAGGUCUAAUCACACAUCGGUUCAGCUCACACGCCAUGUAGGGUUUACUCCGGGUGCUCCGGUUCCCCCACCAAUCGUAAUGAUUUUUUUUAAAAAAAAAGACACCCAGCCAUGACCACAUCAUACAAAGGUCAUCAGUGCCGGCACAGACCUUAAACAAAGCUCUCAAGUGACAGUGUCCAGAUUUGAAGAAGACUAGCUCAAAUUGUGGACGUGUACUUAGGAUUUGGCAGAGACACAUCAAAAGACUCAGACGAUGUCCACUAGCAUAGGCAGCACCUUCUCAAUGUAUGGACCUGUUACGUGUGCCUCUGGUGUGUGUUCUGCUGUGUCCCUCUCUCUCUGUUUCUAAUGGCACCCUCCUUCAGCUCUCUCUACCUGAGGCUAAUCAGUGCUCUGGUGGAGUGCAGGAAGUGAUAAAAGGGCAGAGAGUGCAGGGACAAAGGAGGAAGCUCACACACAAGCGGAUUAAAUUUACGCCGGAAUAUCCCUUUAAAUUAUCGAAGGAGGCCGUAACAGGACCAAACACAGAUGGCAAAAUUGUCCAACUGACAUGUGGACUGUAUAAAUGUGUCUAGUAUGGGCCCAAUGUGGGACACAACAACAAUGCUAUCCGGGUAAUGUGGUCCUCAUAAGGAACCCAGAUAGCAAAACUGUAUCAGAAACCCUAAUCUGGCUCACACACUGUGUGGAAUGAAGGCAUUUGGGUGGUCUGCUUCAAUUUUCCUGACCGUUGGUGGUUUGAGUUUACUCUGGGUGCUCCGGUUUCAUCCCACAUACAUCCUAUCCUACACAUACAUCCCACAUAAAAAAAGAAAACAAACAAAUAAAAAUAACUAAUAUCAA